AUGAGCACCGAAACCACCACCCCCAAAACCUCCCUCACCCAGUCUUCCACCAACAAGACCUAUCUCCACGACCAAACCCAACGCCUCUCAUGGACGCGCCUGAUCGCGGCCUACUUGUGCCUCUGUGCCUGUUACUUCAUCUCCUAUCUGGACAUGAAUUCAACGACUACCGCUCUACCAACCAUCUCAAAGGCUCUCUCCGCGGGAACGACAAUUACCUGGGCGGGCACGGCUUUUCUACUGGGGCAGACGGUAUUUCAACCACUAUAUGGCCGCAUCUCCGAUAUCGUGGGUCGCAAGCCCGUGCUCCUUGCAUCGGUGGGGUGUAUCUUUCUCGGCGAUCUUCUCUCCGGCUGGGCGCAGAAUGCACUUUGGCUCUACAUCACUCGUGCCGUGAGUGGGAUUGGGGCUGGGGGGAUCAGCUCGCUCGUUGCGAUUAUUGUUAGUGAUCUGGUGAGCUUGAAGGAUCGUGGAAAAUACCAAGGGAUGGUGAGUAUUGCUAUUGGUCUGGGGGCCCUGGUCGGGCCCUUUAUUACUGGGAGUCUUGUCCAGAGGAAUGAAGAUGACUGGCGGUGGGUGUUUUGGAUCCCUUCUAUCUUGCUGCUUGGCAGCUGGCGGGAAAAGGUGAGGAAGAUUGAUUGGUAUGGGAUUUUCGCUUCGGUUACGGCCAUUGUGCUGCUAUUGGUAAGACUCCGUGGUCUGAUGAGCCUUAUUGCACUGCUGACCCUUGGGAGCGUAUCCCUGGUUAUUUUUAUCUUCAAUGAAGGUCUGCUGGCAAAGGUUCCACUCAUGCCAUUACGCCUGUUCAGAGAACGAUCUCUCACCAUCAUGCUGGUCUCUGGCGCACUACACGACUAUGUCUGGCAGGCAACGCAAUAUUUCAUGCCUCUUUACUUUCAGGAAAUCCGCGGCUUUUCCGCUCUCGAGAGUGCUACCCUGAUUCUACCAUACGUGCUAUCGCAAAGCCUUGCGGGUGCCACCUCUGGGCCUUUGAUGACUCCUCUGACCGGCUUUCUUAGAUAUGCGCCAGUCCUGCGAGCAGGCUUUCUCUUUUGGACACUUGGGGCAGGCCUUCAUCUACUCUUUAACCGACAUACACAUGUCGCAGUCUAUGUUGUGGUGCUUGCGGUAGAAGGUACUGGAGUUGGCUUGGUUCACCAACCCGGUAAUGUUUUUCGUUUCCAUCUUGUGCAAUCCAUCUCAAGUCUUGUGGCUGUGCAAGCCCUAUCCAGAACGCAGGAUCGUGCAGUUUCAACAUCCACUAGGAACCUGCUGCGGUCUCUUGGAUCUGUCUUCGGUGUCGCUAUUUCGACCGCGGUCCAGAACGCAGCUAUAAAGUCAUCUUUGCACGGGGUCAUUCCGUCCGACCUUUUGUCAGACGUGCUGGAAGGGAGCUGGAGUAGCAAUGACGCUAGCACUGAGAAGUACCGCUCCCAGAUUCUUGAUGCGAAAAUGAAAGGAUUUCGAGUGGUCUUCAUUAUCCUCCUUCCUAUCAUGUGUCUCUGCUUCAUCGGUAAUUUCUUUGUUGCCGAUACAGUGCUGAAAGGUGAUGCGAAGCAGCAGGAUCAGGAGAAAGCGAAGCCAUUACAAGGCGAAGCAUUGAAAGGCGGAGGAUUAGAGCAUCCCAGGCCAACGGGGAAUCUAGACAAAGAGGCCGAGGUUUAA